UUGAGUCAGAUUACCUGGCCAUGUGCAGCAUGGGCUGGCUGUCGAGCGGUCGGUUAUGUGGACGCCGCGGAGUGGUCCCAGAACACCACACCACGGGAAAACUCUCCAGGAGAUUCUUGAUGCCUUGACUCGGCCCAACAAGUGGAUGUCCGACCCGCUGACGGCCACAAGUGCCUCGCGGAGGUCUGACGAUUUUCAAGGCGAUGCGACAUGGGUCUCGGCCAGCGUCACGAUGAGCGGCAGCCCGUAUGGGGACGCGAGCACGGGGAGAGCCACCCGAGCGUGGCCGCUCAGCGUCACGGUGACUUCAAAUCCAGGGACGAUAUCCCCCACCUCACUAGGUCGAGAUGUGACCGGUAUGAAUGGCGUCUCUGAGUUCUGGUACCGGUAUGGAAUAAGUAUAACAGUGGCAUUCUUGGUAUUGGCAGUGGCCUUUGUGUUGGUGAUUCAGUGUAGGAUUUUAUACAAGAAGAAAUUUCGCCGUCGUAGGCUGGUGGAUUUAGCCGAGAACCGGAACAACAAGGCCAGGGAGGAUGUGUUUGAGAGCUUCCACCGACAGGAGACAGUACAGGCGUCUACGUCGAGAAGUAGGCUGCAAUCUGCCUCCACGCACGAAGACAUACCCAUGAGACUGCUUCAUGACGCUCAACCUUACCGCCAGCCGUGGCGUGCCCCACCAGCCGGCCGGGCCGCCGAGCCGCUGGCCCGGGUCUACCCUAUCCAACACCGCGGCCCGGCCCGGGACGUCAAUGCCAACAUCACCGACCCCUUUCCCUAUGAGUCCUACCGUCGGCUGUGGAACAUCACGACCGGUGCGUACCCGAUACGCACCCACAGAAAGGUCUUGUCUGAACCGACCAUCGCUCGGCCGAGCAGUCGACGUUAUUUCUCGCGCAGCCGUAGCCGUAGCCACGUCAGGAGAGUCCGAGUCAGGGCGGACAUCAGGAUGCCUCGUUUCAACCUUUCUGGGACACGGGUCGUCACGUCUCCGGAGUCAAAUGGGAACCAAAGGCUACCACAACGGAACAUAUCGGCACAAGUCAACAGAACGACAUUUGCUGAGCCGAAUACCUUGCUAACAGAAGUGAACACUCCCACACCGAAGCUCAUCGUUCCGACAAACACCCCCAACACACACUGCACGGACUCGGCUCCGGACGAGAAUGCGUCCCCGUACGGGCCGGGGCUGGAUUCGGACUUCGGGGCGAGCGCCGGCAUUCCUCACUUCACCGUGUCGCCAGAUAACAGCAUGAACGCCACGGGAGACACGUCCCUGCGAGACGCGACGUACGAGUGGGACACGUACGACCCGGCCUACAUGAAUCGUACGGUCAGGUACAUCGACGGGGCUUAUUUCCCUGUUCUGCAGAAGAGACAGUAUUGGGUAUGAACAGUGAACCAAAAAUGAUUAGUUUAAUAGCUGGAUUAUUCGAUCAAUGACAAAGCCAAGUGCGGAAAUCUGAUAAGCGCAAAAAUGUUAGCUCAGCAAAAGUGGUUACUUCUGUUUUUCUUUUUGAAGCCGUGUAAGCUGAUUUAACCCUAACAAUCCUCAAUCCUGCAACUGUUAGACUGAAGUUUGGUAAGGUUAACAUUUAAAUAUAUUCCAGAAGGUAUUCUUGAUAUUUGUGCCCAUAUGACAAAUGCCCAAUUCAAAUAAUUAAGCUUAAGAGGACUUUUGUCAAAUUCUUAGUUGCUUUUCUUAUUGUUUUAAUGGAACCAGAAAGGAAAACUGAAUUGAAUUUUAUUUCCCCUCGCAGGAAUUAUGCAAGAAUUAAUUUGACUUCUGUUCAUAAAUUGUAUUCGUAUUUUGGGAACUCUUAGAAACGAAUUCAUAAAACUAAUGAAACUUACCAAGUCAAACAGUUUGCUGUUUGACUAGGGUAGUAUUGGUUAUUCUAAGAAAAUGUGUGACAUUAACAGAUGUCAUCAUCUCCAUUGUAUAUAUUUAUUGCCAGAUAUUCACUCCUAUUUUUACCAGAAAUGUACACAAACUGAAGCUUUGGAAUACAAACAGUUCAAGACAAGAAUGCUUUGAUAAAAAAAAA